GCCCGGUGCGGGCACCCAGCGCGGCGGGGGGGGCGGCCGCGCCCCCGGCGCGGAGACAAAGCCGGGACCGAGCGCUGGAGGCGAGCGGCGGGGCCGGCCCCGCUGCGCCCACAGGCGGGAGGCUGCGGCGGGAGCUGAGCUGACUUUGCCGGUGGCCCCUCCCCACCCCGCGGCAAGGCUGUAGCCGGAAAGCACCGCGCACUGAUAAACCAGUUGCUGACCCAGGCAGCAGCCCUGCGGGGUGUGCUCAGGGGAUGCUUGUGUCCCCAUAGUGCUGCUAAAUCCGCUGCCCCCGUCGGGGUGUUUUCCUGCCUGGGGAAGUGCUGCUUCCAGGGGAAACUCUGAGCGGCUGCGCCCCUUGCUCAGAGCCGCGUGGACAGUCACAAGCCGCGCGGUCACAGCCCCGCCGUGCCCCGCUUUCCUCCCCGCACUGCCGCUGCCAUCCCGGGAGCACCAGCGGGCGCCGGAGCCCCGGGUGGAGCCCGGGACCAUGGGGAGCAGCAAGAGCAAACCCAAAGACCCCAGCCAGCGCCGGCGCAGUCUGGAGCCCACUGACAACACCCACCAUGGGGGCUACCCAGCCUCGCAGACGCCCAGCAAGGCAGCUGCUCCCGACGCCCAUCGCACCCCCAGCCGCUCCUUUGGGACCAUGGCCGCCGAGUCCAAGCUCUUCGGAGGCUUCAACACCUCCGACACAGUCACCUCGCCGCAGCGUGCCGGGGCGCUGGCUGGUGGAGUCACCACCUUUGUGGCCCUCUACGACUACGAGUCCCGUACCGAAACGGACUUGUCCUUCAAGAAAGGAGAGCGCCUGCAAAUCGUUAACAACACGGAAGGUGACUGGUGGCUGGCUCAUUCCCUCACUACAGGACAGACGGGCUACAUCCCCAGUAACUAUGUCGCGCCCUCAGACUCCAUCCAGGCUGAAGAGUGGUAUUUUGGGAAGAUCACUCGCCGGGAGUCUGAGCGGCUGCUGCUCAACCCUGAAAACCCCCGCGGGACCUUCCUGGUCAGGGAGAGCGAGACCACAAAAGGUGCCUACUGCCUCUCCGUCUCUGACUUCGACAACGCCAAGGGCCUCAACGUGAAGCACUACAAGAUCCGCAAGCUGGACAGUGGUGGCUUCUACAUCACCUCCCGCACCCAGUUCAACAGUCUGCAGCAGCUGGUGGCCUAUUACUCCAAACAUGCUGAUGGCUUGUGCCACCGUCUCACCAACGUCUGCCCCACUUCCAAGCCCCAGACCCAAGGCCUCGCCAAGGAUGCCUGGGAAAUCCCCCGGGAAUCACUGCGGCUGGAGGUCAAGCUGGGGCAGGGCUGCUUUGGAGAGGUGUGGAUGGGGACCUGGAAUGGCACCACCCGGGUGGCGAUCAAGACACUGAAGCCUGGCACCAUGUCCCCAGAAGCCUUCCUGCAGGAAGCCCAGGUCAUGAAGAAGCUCCGGCACGAGAAGCUGGUUCAGCUGUACGCCGUGGUUUCGGAGGAGCCCAUUUACAUCGUCACCGAGUACAUGAGCAAGGGGAGCCUCCUGGACUUCCUGAAGGGCGAAAUGGGCAAGUACCUGCGGCUGCCCCAGCUUGUGGAUAUGGCAGCUCAGAUCGCGUCUGGCAUGGCCUACGUGGAGAGGAUGAACUAUGUCCACCGGGACCUCCGGGCAGCCAACAUCCUCGUGGGGGAGAACCUGGUGUGCAAAGUGGCUGACUUUGGCUUGGCACGUCUCAUCGAGGACAACGAGUACACUGCUCGGCAAGGCGCGAAGUUCCCCAUCAAGUGGACAGCCCCCGAAGCUGCUCUGUACGGCAGGUUUACCAUCAAGUCAGACGUAUGGUCCUUCGGCAUCCUCUUGACCGAGCUGACCACCAAGGGCAGAGUGCCAUACCCAGGGAUGGUGAACCGGGAGGUGCUGGACCAGGUGGAGCGGGGGUACCGCAUGCCCUGCCCGCCCGAGUGCCCCGAGUCCCUGCACGACCUCAUGUGCCAGUGCUGGCGGAAGGACCCGGAGGAGCGACCCACCUUCGAGUACCUGCAGGCCUUCCUGGAGGACUACUUCACCUCGACAGAGCCCCAGUACCAGCCUGGCGAGAACCUAUAGACCCGGCGCUCCUCCUGGCACCAGGGAUGCUGCUGUCCUCGCCAUGGGGCACUGAGGACUGGGCUCCCUGCCGAGGGGCCGUUUUUUUGUGGAGCAGCCCCGGAGCAGGAUGGGGCAUUGCCUCUGGAUGCAGCCAGGGGAGGUGCUGGGCUCCUCUGUUGCUCAUUAAGACUUCUGGCCCGUGUUUAACGAAGCGGUACUGUCCCACUGGCAGGAGGAGCCUGCAGGCACCAGCGGAGCCAGCUUGGGAGGGCAAGCAGAGCAUCUCCCACUGAGAGACUUGGCUUUUGGGAGACCUUUCCCCCCUAGCAACUCUGGGGUGAGCCCAGAGGAAUUGGGGGACAGCAUCACCCCACCUCGGACACACGGCCCUGGUCUCCUGCACCCCCUUUUUAAAUCAGCACAAAUUUCCCUGCCCCUUCACCCUCCCCACCAUCCCCCCCUUGGCUCUGUUUCUCCCAAGGGUGCUGGCAGAGAUAUUUCACCACGGGGAAGGCACAAUCCCUGGCUGGUUCGGACACGGUGAUGUGCCAGGGUGGUGGUACCAGCAGAAUGCUGGUGGUCCCCCUUCCCUGGGUGUCCCUCCAGCCUUGUCAGCUAGCAGGCACCAGGAGCAUGAAAUGCGGCUGCUCAUGGCUCUGGUAACCAACACCAUCCCAUGGGAGCACCUGGCUGCACGUUUGAGUCUUCCAGUUGUGUCUGUCCCCCCAAGGGACAUGUCUCGUCUCUCCUAGGAGCAGCACUGGGGGUGUGCCGGCAGAGCCCUUGCCCUGCCUGCAGCCAGCCCUGCUGCCUCGGCUGUGCUUUCUCCCACCAAGCACUCCUGGUCUUCCACCUGGCCCCCUGGGAGGUGCCCCACAGCCCCCCCGCGCCUCCCUCCCCUGGCUCCACCACCAGCUUUCCCACCAGCAGGGUCCCCCAGGCUCGCCCUGCCACCAAAUCCGGUGCCACUGUGGGGCUUGGGUGUGUGGCACGUGUGGCUAUUCAGGGUGUGGGAGUGUUUUGAGGGAACUACUCAUCUUUCACAGAUGUUUUUGUCCACUUGGUACAUUUUUAGCUGCCUUCCCCCCAUCCCUCACAUCUCAACUGCUGGGCUGCAGUCCCCAUGCAGUGGGAGCAUCCCCAGACUUGGGCCACCAUCCUGGAGGAGAGUCCUGGGAAGCACUGUGCUGCACGGGAGACAUUUGCAUCCCCGUCUACCCCCUGCCUGCUCCCAAAAGCCUCAGCUGUGUUUCAGCGGCAGGUGGCUAUCUGUGCCCAGUUUUGCCCCUGCACACAUCCCCUGGGGCUGAACCCCGUGGCCGGUGGGGCAGCACCCAGCCCCUGCACUCUCCCGCCCAGCGCCUGCUUGUACAUAGCCCUCGAGGCAUCCCUGUGCUCUCCCAAACAUUGACUUAGUUGCAUGUGUUGUUUUUCCCCCCCCUUCUUGCAGCUGUACCCAGCUGGAAACCCUUCACUGUGGUGGCUCACGAGGCUUCGCUCCCUCAGCGCUCGGGUCCUGGGCACCCUCCCUUAGAGAGACCUGGGGGCUCUUUGGAUGGUCUCCUGAAUGAGGGGUGGGGUGGGGGCUCAAGGGGUUGCUGCAGGGCAGGGGUGCUGUGGGGCAGGGCACCAUCAGGACGGACCUGGAGAGGGGAGCCAACAGCUUUGCCCUCUGGGUCCUCAGGCAGUGGGCUUUCUUUGCCUCCCCAUCACUUGUGGGAUGGGGUUUCCCUCCAGCACAGCCACCUUGCAGGCAGCAGACCUAAACCGCCUCUCCCCAGCCCCCACCGUGCUGCCAGUGUCCCAUGAAAGCUGGGUGAGAGCCAAGCAUGGGGGGGGAGGCAGCCAAAACCCCCUCCCCAAACCUUUGCCGGAGCAGGGCCCAGGCACACCGCUGCCUCCCACUUGUUCCUGUAGUUCCCCAACCACUUAUUCAUGAACCAAGUACUUGGCUGGUUGGUGGGUCUGUUUUAAUGAGUGCUCUUCAGCAGUAUGGAGAGAUCCUGCUGGCUUGGACAACAGUGACUAGUUUAAUGGAUUUUUUUUGUUUGUUUUUUUUAAACCAUUUUGGGACUCGGAGCCUUUUCUCCCCCCUUCCGAGCAGAUUUGCUGUGCCUGCAUUUCUGUGUUUGGACAGGGACUCGCCAAACCUCGAUGUUCUGGGUCUUUCCAUGUUUGCAUCCCUGGGACGGGCGGCUGCCGCAUCCCCAUUGGCACUGCCACAGAAACCCCAUCCCGUGGCAGCGAUCCGAGGGGUGUCCUGUGCCAUAGCUCUGCCUAAAUUAUACAAAAUCCCCAUCCCCAGGAGAAACCUCUUAAAACCGUAAUGUGUGGAAGCCAGAUUUGAUCUGAAAGCUGGGGGGAGAGGGCAAGAGCACAUGUUAAGGUUUGCCCUUCGCUUGUCUGCAGCACGCACAGAGUCUUGCACGAGCACAGCGGGGUGGGGACGGGCUUUACCCGGCAGUUUCAUUUAGUGGCUCUUUCUGGCAAGUGGCAGAGCAGGAACACACCCUCGGCUCAAGGAACACCCUGGGCUGGCUUAAUUCCCCGUGGGUUUUGGCAAGCUCUGACAACGAAGAGUAAAGCAAUCCCUGAGGAGCUCCCCUGCACAUGCAUGUCUACGUGUCUGUGUGUCCAUGCAGCAAUUUUGGUGGGACCCAGCAUCUCCUGUCUUGCCACUGCAGCCAGCACGACCCGGAGGCCCUGCGGCUCAAGAGCCUCUCCUCUAUCACCAUUGUCGUCUGCCAAUUUAGUUUUUAAGCCAAUAAACUCUAGAGGGGGACCCCAACCAAGGAUGCUCUUUGGCUUCCCGGGGUCAAUAGUGCCCUACAAGUUAUGCUCCUCUGCUGUUUCCAUUUUUUAAAACAGUGUUUUGUAAGAUCUCCAACCGACUAUGCAGAGAACAUGUGGAUCUGUGUCUCUCUCCCCAGCUCCCCUCUCCCCCCCACCUGCCUUUUUCAGUGUCAAAGUAAAAUAUUUAGCUUUUUUUUUUUUUUGGAUAAUAAUAAAACUUUGGAAAAAAGAA